AUGGGAAAACCAUACACCCACACCCCGAACUCGCUCUUCACCCUCUGGCUCUCUGUCUCCCUCCCCCUCGUCCUCUGGGACUUCUCCUAUGUAAUGCUCCGCCCCCACUCCAUGCCCGGCGGAAAAUACCAUUUACCCUGGAAACCCUACGCUCUCUACUGCGAAAUCGAUCUAGUCUACGGAUUCCAACAUUACUACGAUGGAAAUGGGUUUAAUCCCGCACAGAGCGCAAUGAACUUCGUGGAGACCAUGGGGUAUUUUUAUUACUUAUGGUUGGUUAGGGGUGGGACUGGGGAGGCCGGAUUGUUGGGGGUGAAGAAGGUGGUUGGGAAGACAGCGGGGAAGGCGGUGAUGGUUGGGCUGGUUGCUUGUACGGCGACGUUUUGGAAGACGGUCAUUUAUUGGCUUAUUGAGAUCCUCGGAGGGUAUAAGAAUAUCGGUCAUAACGACUUUAAUACGAUAUUCUGGUUUUGGAUCAUGACGAAUGGACCGUGGCUUGUGCUACCGCUCUAUGGAAUCUAUAAAUUUGGGAGUGAGAUUGUGGAGGGUUUGAGUGGUAGCGAGGAAGUUAAUGGUGGAAAGGUCGAGUAA